AUGGCUCGUAUUGUAGUGCCAUAUUUCACCAACUACAAGCGUUUUAGACACACCACAGGACCAUUCUUCGCCAGGUUCUCUAACAUCUGGCUGGCACUUGGAGCACGCAAUGGCAAGAAGUUUGCUUGGGUUGACCAUGCCCAUAAGAGAUAG